AUGGGCAGAGUUAAAGUACAUGAAGAGAUGAUGUUAUGCAUGACAGUGCACUACCGAGGGUGCUACGACCAAUCAUGCGAGGUUCAGUACCCUCGCCUUGAGUCGCCUGGCUUCUCAGCGGCUCCAUCACAGCGACAAGCUCCGCAUGCGAGGUUCAGUACCCUCGCCUCGAGUCGCCUGGCUUCUCAGCCCGGCUCCGUUAUAGCGGCAAGCUCCGCAUGCGAGGUUCAGUACCCUCGCCUCGAGUCGCCUGACUUCUCAGCCCGGCUCCGUUAUAGCGGCAAGCUCCGUAUGCGAGGUUCAAUACCCUCGCCUCGAGUCGCCUGGCUUCUCAGCCCGGCUCCGUUAUAG